CAAAAACCCUCCCGCCCCCGACACCACCAAGCACCAAAAAAGCUCUCCCAUUCCGACGACCAGAACCUCGCUCCCGGCAACGACAACUCGACGACCCGACCCAGUCGCAAAACUACAAACCUCCACAAACCACCCAACAUGUCUCACGAUAGCGUUUGGAACUCCCGCCCCCGCACCUACGGCAAGGGCGCGCGGUCGUGCCGUGUCUGCACCCACCGUGCCGGUCUGAUCCGCAAGUACGGCCUCGACAUCUGCCGUCAGUGCUUCCGUGAGAAGGCUGCCGACAUUGGCUUCGUCAAGCACCGUUAAACCUCGAAUACCCACUGCAACGGAGGAGGAUGGGCAGGAGAAUCAUGGCGUACGGAUGAAGGGCAAUGGGCGCGGGGAGGGCAUAGAACCCAGUGCUUCUUUUGGGGACCCCCUUUUGUCGGGCUCCAAGCACGGCCCAGGAUUCAAAGGAAACUGGAAAAAAAAGGCUGUUGUUGUUUUUUUCCCUACACGGCCGGCAUGCACAUUGGAGUUCGUUGGUCUUGUUUUCACUCGCGGAAAUGGGAAUCGGAAAUUUCAUUUUACAAACUUCACCGGGCCGACCAAAAGUGAACUUUUGCCCCGAGCCGUGGAUAUCUUGUAGAUCCAACGAGGAUGUGAACAAUGCACGACGAUAAUGACGUUAUUAGAUGUGGUGGAAAGGCACUGUUUCUUAUUACCAUUGACCAUUGAGCAGUGAUCGUGAGACAGUACCGGGAUAGAAGGGUAGGCUUUAAGUGUAUUCCUAAGGGGUUUUAGAGUGAGAGUUACUCAAAACCAAACAUAAGGUGUA